UGAAAUCGUUUCUGAAAAUGUCCACACGAUUAUCUGUCGCUGUCACAUUUGACAGUCUUCCUGUCUACGUUGGGAGGGAGGUUACCGUAAAGCCAUGUGUAACUUUUGCAAGUACAGACCAAGUGUUUCUGCCAAGUGCCGCACUUGCACUUGCUUCUGAGAGACGUCAGAAGUGUUGCACGAGAAAAUCUCACGAUUAACUGCGAGACUUGGCAUCUCCUAAACAUUUUUGUCCGGGCCAAAAGAGCGACAUCGGAUAGGGGGGGAUCGACGCUCGGAGAUACUCUGGUCAAGAGAGGGGUCCUACACUUGGAUGAACCGGGGGAGGAGAGAGCACAGCAAGGCUGUCAUGUAAGCCGUCUCCUCUGGGGCCACCUCUCGGCGCACACUGCUUCCUGCCUCAGAACUGAAAUGGAGAAGAUCUGCUCAGAGUGCACAGAGCCAACGCUAGCGCAGAGUCUGUGUACGCUGUGCAACAAGUGGUUGUGUUACCGGUGCACAGAUGUGCACCAGCACCAGAGAGCCCAAACUGCAUCUCAGUACGCAGACUCGUACCAGCAGCAACAGAGGCCGAGUGCCACCCAGUGUCCCGACCUGCACCAGAGAGGCUCCAGCAGCCUGCCUCCCACAGGACAAGGCAAGAUAAUUGCACUCGGCUGGUGUCCGGGGUCAUAUCCUUGUUCCCUCCUCAUGUGCCACUCUCACAGACAGGAGCCCUUGGAGCUUUUUUGUGAGUCAUGUGACCUUCUGUGCUGCAGCAGCUGUCACCUGUCCUCCCACAAAAACCACAGGGUGAUGCAGAUCGGGAAGGCCCUGCAGGAUCAGCGGUGGCUGUUUGAGAGUCUGAUGGUGCAAGUGGAAGAGAGGAGGUCUGCAGUGGAGAACAAUGCUAAACAGAUAGAGGACAGACUCCAUGGAGUAAAGAUUGCGCACAGGAAGGCAGAGAACCAGAUUAAAAUGGCAAAGAUGAUUAUGAUGAACGAGCUUAACAAACGAGCCAACCUAUUAAUAGAGCAACUGGAGAAGAUCACAGAGGACUUUCAGCAGCGUCUGGAGGACCAGCUGCAAGGUGCAAUAGAGAUGUGCGGCCACCUGGACCACAUUCAGAAGUUCAUCACCUGGGCCACGACCCACCACUGCAGAGGCCCGGUGCUCUUCAGCAGGGCUCUGAUUUCACUCCAGAUGCAGCAGCUGCUGGAAUCGUCUCUCCACUCAGAUUCGUGGAGUCCUGUUAAGAUCAAAUUCAAUUGGGAUGCAAGCUACUGGACAAAGCACAUUUCCUCUUUAGGUCAGCUGACUGUUGAAGGGGGAAACUGCUCUUAUCCGUCAGGCUUGGCCUGUUCCAGUAUUAUGAGGCCCCAUCCGGUCACCUGCUUUGCUCUGCCGACCAUGUUUCACAGAGGGAGAGAGCCAGGGUGCGGGUACCAGCAGGCCUGCUGUGAGCCCCAGAUGUGUUGCCUACAUGGCAUUUCCCCUCAGUCAGAUCUGGCCAGUCUGGAUAAAAGCCAGGUGGACACCACUCUUUACAACUCUAGCUGUAGUCAGUCUGGUCUUAUUUCUGCCUCCCUACACCAGAGUCAGCCACUCCAGAGAUGUUGGGAUGCAGAAACUUCCUCACAGUGUCCUGCUCCCACUUCUCCUGUCCCGGUUGUAGGACCCACCCAGUUUAACUGCGGCCGUGGCUCUGUAGCACAGGCCGCUGACUCCCUUCCUCAUUCUCAGUCUGCAUCCUACCUCUCAUGUCACCAACAUCAGAGAGAAGCUCCCCCAGACAGCCAGACUCAGCUAAGUGCAGAGCGCGGCGGGCCCGGCCCCUGUACGCCUAAGUGUUCGACAAGCACAGCUCAGCAGCAGGAAAGCAGCCAGAAAGUAAUGACCAGGGACGCGAUGACUGAGGAGGGCUGGGAGGACAGAUGUAGGGCGGAGGAGACCCGUGGACAAACGGCAUCAGUUCAAAGCAGAGAGCUGCUGGAUGAGGAGUUACGGGCAGACAGGGGGGAGCGGGGUCCCGGCCAGCUGCAGAAGCGGGUUCAAGCUGCUUUAGCUGCAGAGCAGCAGAGGACUCGUCCUGCUCUGACGCUCAGAGACCACAAAGAAAGCAAGAGAUCCACAUCCCUGGAGGUAUCUGUGACAGCCCACGAGUGCGUCUCAGAUGUGCAGAGCAGCAGACUCAGCCCCAGUUCAGUUUCCACAAGGAGGGAGAGGCGCUCCCGGAGCAUCCCAACAGAGCUGGCAGCGCCAUCCACCAGCUCCUACUCUGAAAGGUCUCCGGGAUCCACAAACAGCCGAGAGGCUGAAGCUAGACAGAAGUAUGACAGAGUGGAUUCCAGACAGAGGAGAGCUUCUGAUGGAGUUCUUUGCGUUGUCAAGGAAACCCUAUCUGCUAUGACCCCAUCCAGAGGAAACCUGCCUCCCACAAUGUCAUAUAAGAUGGAACCAGAUCAUCCUUUUACUUUUGUAAGCGAAGAUGUUGAUUAUGGACCCGCCGAGAAAAGCAGAGUGCCAAGGAGCAGCUAUAAGAGUAACGGAGAUGUCCUGAAGGGCUCAGGCAAGUCCAGGGUUCCAGUGGUUUGCUUAGAGCGCCUUAAAAUACUCGUGGCACAACUACCACCACAUGGACGUAGACAGAGCGACCCUUUGCCUGCCAGUGAGAUGGAUGAGAGCGACAGUAACCCCCAGCAGAGCACCUGGCACAAUGGGAAACCAGGAGUGUCUAAUCACAGGGGGGCUUCCCGCUCAUUGACAGCGCCACCAUACGCAGAGAGACGCAUCUGUAGUCAGUCUAGCACCCGUUCACCCAACAGUGACGUGGACAGCCACAACAGCAGAGCUCGACUCAGUUCUCCCAAAGCCUCCGCACUGCGUUCCACCGACUUGCAGUAUGUGCCACAGAGUUACUCGGAACUCGAUCUGGACUCAGACUCAGAUCCCAGAUCGGUCUCCGAGGAAAAUGCUGCCAUUCCAGUCAAUCCAGACCCGCGGAUAGACUCCGAUACGUCUCCGGACUCUGAUCCAAAUGCGCAAUCUUCAUCCGAGGCUGAGCUUGAAAGUAUGACUGCGGGGAAAUCGGCCGCCGCGGGGAAAAUGAGGCUGUGCGGGGAUUCAGAGCCGAGUUUGGAGUACGAGGCGGACCCAGAGUCAGAUGCAGGAGCGGGAUCUGACGAUGGUCCAGGGAUGAACGUUUAUUCAGAAUCCGGCGAUGCUCAGACAGAGUCUGACACCCAGCCUGAAUACGAUCCCAAUUUCCAGGCCGACACAGAUUCAGAGGCUGGGUCCGAACGGCCUCCAGACUCCCAGGGCUCUGUGGACUCGGAGCUCGAUGUAGAAUCCGAUCCCGAACUGACAACUGACGAUCCACAGCCACUUCGCUCUGACCUUGAAGAGGAGCCCCACGUCGGUCUCAGUCAGAGACCUCUACUGAUUGCAAACCCCGUCGUUCAGAGAGGCACAGAGGAGGUCCAUUCUGAGAAGGACGGUGCUGAGAUGGAGAGUGAGGACUUCUGUGCGGUGUGUCUGAUUGGAGGGGAGCUGCUGUGCUGUGACCGCUGUCCAAAAGUCUACCAUUUGUCCUGCCAUAUCCCCCCUCUGCUGAGCUUCCCCUCAGGAGACUGGGUGUGCAGCCUGUGCACAGACGCUGUACAGCCAGAGGUUGAAUACCACUGCGAGAAUGAGAGAAGGCCUGGAGUACUCGCCGUGCACGGACUGCCUGCAAGCGAUCAGAGAAAAUGUGAGCGGCUCACUCUCCUGAUCCUCAGCAACAUCUUGAGUGCUCCCUUCCAUGAGCCCGUCAGUCCACUUGCACGUCAUUACUACCAAAUCAUCAAGAGGCCCAUGGAUCUGUCUGUGAUCAGAGCCAGGCUCAGUAAGAGGAAUCCCAGAUAUUACAGCUCAGCGGACCAGUUUGUCGCUGACGUCUAUCUCAUGUUCCACAACUGUGCAAAGUUCAAUUAUCCCGACUCUGAGGUGGCUCAAGCAGGCCGCAGUCUUGAGACGUUCUUCACCUCCAAGCUGAAAGAAGUCUUCCCCGACAGAGUUUUCACGUUCUCUGAGGUCGAUUCCGACAGCGAUGAGUACGAUGAAGUUUACAAGACGGCUGAGGGCGGUUUCCCCUGGCCAGAGAGGAGGGAGCAGUCUCACAGGAAGAGGAAGAGGAGGCAGUCCCUCAAAUCCAGGCGACAUCACUUCUAACAAGCGUGUUUGUUACUACUCGUUUUUUCAACAUCCAACAAGAUUGUUGUUUUUUUUUUUAUCCGUAAUGUCGAAGUGGCCCCAUGUUGUGGUUCACAGUACAAACGACUGAGCUGUCUUCUGAUGGCAUCUGAACAUAUCUAAAACAAAUGUAAGAGUGGUUAUCAUUAUUCCUACAGGCAGUUCAAUUCGCAGCACAAUUGGAAAUAAACCUCUCUGUAUCUCAAACAAAUUUUGAUUAGUUGUUCCUGCAUCCUAGUUGAAGUAGGCAAGUCGUGCUAUAACUGUAGCUUUGUAUGCUUUUGCACUAUUGGUUUGCGCCAAAAGUUCUUUGUUGCUUACCCUUCUAUAUAUUUACAUAUAGAAAAAUAGAAUUCAAAAAUAUAAAACACACUUUAUGUCAGGUGGUGUAUUGUAGAGGAAUGAUGUAAUGAAAUGUGUUUGCAUCUCUAAUAAGUGGACUGUCUUUUUUGAGGGGAACAUAGCUGGAAUUCCACACUAAAACCUUUAUGCUGUAAUUUGUCAUACUUAUUAAUGUUUGACACAUUAUAAAUGUGUCCCUGUUUAGAACAGGAUUUUGCAUUAAGUGUAAGUUAAUGAAAGACUGCUUUCAAUUAUAUUAGAUUUUAUUCUUGAUAUAUUUUGGGCCUUUGUAGUCUUCUACCCUCCAGCAGAAGUCAUGUCCACUUUUAUGCUUUUGACCUAAGUAAAGCCAAAGUGAGCCAUUGAGUCACAUGGCAAAUGUCUCAUGAGAAAAUGUGGUCCUUUUUCAACAAAUUUAAGAAAAUUUGCUUUUUUACAAAACUAUAAAUAAGUCUCUGUGUACAUUAUGUACUGUGUCAGUGUCUACUGUAUCUAAACAAAUCUUGUACUCUUUUAUGAUCUGAGUUUCUCAGGCUUGACAGAAGCGUGAGUUAUUGAUAGUAUUCAGUAUUGAUUGUUGUAAAUGAUCAAAAUCUCCUCACUAUUCAUGGAACCAUACUGUUAGAAGCUUUUCAUAGCAACACUGUAGAGAAAUUGCCAGUUAAAAAUGUGAUUUCCGUGCUCCCGGCAUAUUAAAGUAGACUUUGCUUGGUUUGUAAUCACUGCAUAAAUGGGUAGUGAGUGUACAUGUGAUACUAAUUUUUCAGUAACAAUAAGUGUAGCAACAUUUCCUUUUGUGUCAGGGAAAACUGAUAGAGCAUAACUACUGUCACCAUUAAUUGAGUUUGAUUUUUUUCUUUGAAAACACACAUGCACAUACAAUAUAUAUUCAACCAACCAUUUAUAUCUUACUUAUGUGGGGGGGGGGGGGGGGAUGGGCACACUUUCACACACUUUUAGAAUCAUCAAUCAAUCUAACAUGCAUGUUUUUAAAAUGUGGGAGAAAGAACCCACACAUACAUGGGGUGAACAUACAAACUCUACCAUUAUGUUAAUAAAAUACAUGCAACAUACAAGUUUUGCAUGUCCUCCUCUUUUGUUAUUCACCCUUCAUGAAAUGGACAAAUUAUAGAUAUAGAAUUACUGAAACCAGCACCUUAAGUAAAAUGUUUGGGAAACCAUCAAUAAAACUUGUUCAUUGUUUUGGUUGAAGUAUCUUCGACUUGCAUUUUUUUUUGUAUGUGGCUCUUAAAUCCAUUUAGGGUGUUUAGCAUUUGACCUAACUGUGCUUCCUCUCUGAAUUACUGUGGUCAUAAAGCAUGCUUGUUUUGGUUGACAGGGUGGUCCGGGUGUGAAGAAGCCAUUUGUGCAUGUUUUAUGAAACUCCUUUUUGUGAAGAUUGGCAAGCUCGCCUUCCUCUGUAAAGCAGACUGAAUCACACACAUAGCUGUUCGGUGCAGAAGUAAUGUCAAACUUUAAGCCCACAUUAAUCUUCAUAAUAUCUUAGAUAUGCCCCG